AUUAUCCAAUAAUUGUUGCUCCUCCUCCGAAGACACUAUUGUUUUUGGCUUGUGGUCGCCGAAUGUGGUUAAGAGCAACUCAACAUCGUCGGACUUGGGACAGUCGCAGUUCAUCUUGCACACCAGAACCAGAAGUCUCGUGCGAUCGAAUUUCAAUACUGAACUUUGUUUUUGUUAAUUUUUUUCCAGAGUGAUUUUGUUUUUAUACUUCUACACCGAAAACCUUAGGUACUCGACGAUCGACGAUGAUUUAAAAAAGUACGACUUCCAUCGCAGUUCAGUGUGAAUUUUUUUGGGAUCUUUUUGUGUUUUGGUUGUUUUGCAAAGAUGACCACCGUAUUGCCUUGGCUGUUGUCCGUAGCGGCUCUGUUGGACUUCGGGUGUCCUGCCGAAGUGGCCAAAGACUUGCGGGCGAACCGCACGUCCAAGGAGCUACACGCCGGCGAGGGUAAAUCGCUACCGGACGUAGGCGACCGGAAGUGGACUUCCGACGUGUAUCACACGCUGUCGUCGUUGACGCCGGACGUGACCGUUGACGCGGUGGCCACGGCAAACACAAAGUCUUCGGUUUAUCCGCCCCUGACCACCGGCUCUCCUUCGUUCGUCACCCGGGGCCGGUACAUAAGGAACCCGUACUAUUACAACAAUAAAAAUGACCAGGAAAUGGAAAUCGCAGACGAACAGCACGCGGACGUGGUGAUCAACGCCGGAGUGCCAAGGUGGAACCGAUAUAAUAUCAACCACAGACAACUAAACAAAUACGGUCCAGCGCCGGUGGAGGCCGAUAUAACAGUGGACGAAGACGGUUCCACUGGCUAUGGAAGCACUUUUGACUACGUCGGAGGUUCCGGAUACGAUUCUGGGAGCAGCAUGAAAAACGCUGGCGGAUGGGUAGGCGGCGACAGCAUGGCCGGAUGGUACAGCGAGCCGGUUUCCCAGCACGCCAGACCCGUUCCCAUCAUAGCUGAAAUCCGGCACCCCAGUUCGAAAAUGGGAUUCGACAUGGGGAAAAUCGGCAUGUUGGCUAUGAUCAAAAUCGGACUGGCCAAACUCAAAGCGCUGGGUUUCGUCAAAGCGUUGCUGCUCCUGCUGUUGAAAUUGAAAUUCUUCCUGGUGUUGUUGCUGUUCAAGUUCCUGAUGCUGUUGAAAAUGAUGAAGCUGCUGAAACUGCUUUUGCUGCCGUUCCUGUUGUCACUGGCGCUUCCGCUUCUGUUGCCGUUACUGUUGACCAUAUUUCCGCGUCUUAUGCGUUUGCUGUUUUUGCUGUCCCAACCGGCGUUGGUUCCGAACACCAACACCAACACCACGCCCAACCCCAACGAAACCCUGCAGAAAAGAAGAAGUCACUUAGAUCCGAUCGAGCUGCUCGAUCCCAACUUGGCUCAAAUCAGAAACAUAGUGCAGUCGGAGAAAUGCAUCCAACGAAUCGCUUGUCGAUUGGCCGGCACGCAAUCCAGCUUCACGUCUAUUUGGACUAAUUGGACGUUACAGCAAAUGUCAAAGUACAUUCCUAACAAACGACUUGAGUCGUAUGUGACAACUUUCAAUGAUGUGAGUGAUCGUCGCUUACAACACCUGUUGGGUGAAUCUUCACCACCAGACGAUUGGACAAAAUGGUGCACAGAACAAUAUGAUUGCGACGAAGCUACAAAUAAACUAGAAACGUCAGAAUAAAAAAAAUUUAUUUAUUUUACAACUAUUUUUAAAUUAUAUAAUUUAUUUUAAUGUUAAGAUAUUAUUACG